AUGUCGAAACUGAGCGCCAGCGCCAAGAGGAUCCAGAAGGAGCUGGCGGAGAUCAGUCUGGACCCCCCCUGCAAUUGCUCCGCCGGGCCCAAGGGCGACAACCUGUAUGAGUGGGUGUCCACCAUCAUGGGUCCCUCAGGGUCUCCAUACAGCGGCGGCCUGUACUUCCUAGACAUCCACUUCCCCGCCGACUACCCCUUUCGUCCCCCCAAGGUGUGCUGUAAUGGUGACCCGCUGGUGGCCAGCAUAGCCAAGCAGUUGCAGACGGAUAGGGAAGCUCAUGACAAGACGGCAGCGGAGUGGACUCGGCGGUAUGCGCAGGGCUGA